AUGAGGAAGGAAAUGGACGAACUAAGGAGCGCCAUUAAGGAGAAGACGGACCGAAACGUAGACAAAAUGGUAAGGGCUACGGAUUCACCAUUCACCGCCGCGGUACUUGAAUGCCCUGUACCGUCAAAGUUUCGCUUACCUCAACUUGAACCAUUCGACGGACUAAAAGACCCACAGGAUCAUCUUAAUACCUUCAAGACGACUCUAGGUCUUCAACAACCACCUGACGAGAUACUGUGUCAUUCCUUCCCAACGACUCUCAAAGGAGCUGCAAGAGAAUGGUUUACGAAGUUGCCAAACUCGUCCAUAGACAACUUCGACCAGUUAAGUAGUGCCUUCUUGCGCCAUUUCAUAGGGGGGCAACGUCCAAGGAGGCCAGUAAACUACUUACUCACCAUAAGACAGGGAGAGAAGGAAACUCUAAGGUCGUACGUCAAACGAUUCACCCAGGAGACUUUGGAGGUGGACGAAGUUGAUGACAAGGUACAGUUGACGACCUUCAAAGCGAGGUUGAGGUCUAGAGACCUCGUGGCUUUCCUCGCAAAGAACCCCUUAAAAACGAUGGCGAAAAUGCUCCUGAAGGCACAGAAGUACAUGAAUGUUGAAGAUGCUUUAGCUGCCAUAAAAGAUGCCGAGAAGCCAGGAGACAAGGCUAAGAGGGAAGACGUCGGAACAAUGACGGGAACAGGAGGAAGGAUGAUAAAAAUCCUCGGACGGUAA